AUGUCGUACCAAUAUCCAAUUCCAGCCACUCCGCGUGUCAUUUCUCCAUCGCCUACCCCUUCCGAGGCCUCCGAUCGACAGGACUCCUAUUUCGCGCCAGUCACGAGAUCUGCUGCGAAAUCUCAGCGACAGAAGUCACCUCAUCCGGAGCCUAUACAUGAAGAGAAAGAUGGGUCCGGUUCAGAUUCGAGCCUUGAGAAGAGGGCUCGAACGAGGUCAAGAAGCCCUAUUUUAUCUCAAGCUGUUCAGAUGAACGGCACUACCAGUAAAAGAAGACGCAUGAGUGGCCUCACAACCAAGACCCCUGUCACUAAAUCAGAGCCUCUCACCAAUGGUUCGAAAUCCGUUCCUCAGUCUAAUGGCCAUCUGUCUCCCUACGAUCGAGUCAAGAAAUCAUGGAGAGAAUUCUCCCGAUCACCCUCCCCACUGGGCCUAAUUCCUCUACAUCGACACUAUCGAACCCUGAUACAUAAACAUGAAAUUCCUCGCAAAGUCCUCCAUGUAUCCAUCGGAUUCUUCACAUUGCGCUUUUACACUCAUGGUGUCCAGGCCACAGCUAUCACGCCAUGGCUGCUAGGAGCACUGGCCAUUAUUGGGCCAACUGAUAUUCUACGACAUCACUCCGACCGCUUUAAUCGCUUCUAUAUUCGCGUCCUAGGUGCAUUAAUGCGUGAGACGGAAGUGGACGGAUACAAUGGUGUUAUUUGGUACCUGGUGGGCGCGGUCAUCGCUCUACAAUUUUACCCCAAAGAUAUCGGUGUCAUGUCGAUCCUAUUAUUAUCUUGGUGCGAUACCGCUGCAAGCACAUUCGGUCGAUUAUAUGGCCGCUACACCAUUCGGUUGCGGAGAGGAAAGUCCUUGGCUGGAUCACUCGCGGCCUUUGCCAUGGGCGCACUAGUAGCCGUGUUUUUCUGGGGCUGGCUUGCACCGAGAACAGGCCCGUUUCCAGACGACCCAGUCAAUGGAUUCAUGUUCCAGAAUCACUUGUCCUUACCGACUCAGGUGAAAUCCGCACUUGGAUGGAAGGCCGAUCAAGCGGUUAUUGAGGGCAAUGCAGCACUCACCAUCAUGAGUGUAUGCACCGGCUUGAUCGCCAGUCUUUCCGAACUCAUUGAUGUUUGGGGAUGGGACGACAACCUGACGAUUCCACUGUUGAGCAGUGCUGGACUGUGGGCGUUUCUCAAAGUCUUUGGGUAG